AUGAGGCCACGUACAGCGUUUAACGCCGUCGCUGAAACGAAAGCGCGCGAAGAAGGCAGCAAGGAGAGAAGACGACGACGAAGAAGAAGAAGAAGAAGAAGUGAAAUGAUGGCUGAUAGAAGGACAGAAAGCUGCAGCGAGGCCACAAAAGCUGCAGGAGAAGAAGAAGCAAGAGUCGACGGUGGCCAGUUGAAGAGUCACGUGAUCGGUGAUAUCAAAGUAGAUGGCGAGGACGAGGAUGAUGGUUAUGAUGAUGAUGAUGAUGGACAGUAG